AUGGGAUACCAGACUGGUCCUUCCAGACUGGUGGAGGAUUACAGGGACUCUCCGGGACAGAAGGACGUGUUCACCAACUCACCCCAGCAAACACCGCCUCCUGCCAAACCCAAGAAGAGAGAAGUAGUGGCUAUUACAGACCUCCUAGACCAGCCCAACAGGGAGAAACGUCCGGCCAAGAUAUGUGUGAUCCUGCGUGGUCCUCCGGGGAGUGGCAAAAGUUACAUUGCUAAACUCAUCAAGGACAGAGAAAUCCACAACCGGGGUCCUAGUCCUCGCAUGCUGUGUCUUGAUGACUAUUUCAUGAGUGAGAAGGAGAAGACGGAAAAGGAUCCUGAAACUGGCAAGAUUGUGAAGAAACGGUUUCAGGAAUAUGAGUAUGAGGACAGCAUGGAGGGUAUUUACCAGAAUAGCCUACUCAAGACGUUCAAGAAGACCAUCGAAGACGGAUUCUUUGACUUCAUCAUCGUGGAUGCCGUCAAUGAUAAAAACUCAAAGAUUGAACCAUUCUGGAGCUACGCAAAGACAAAAGGAUUUGAGGUGUAUGUGGCUGAAUUACUUGUUGAGUUGGGCCUGUGCAUACAGCGAGAUAUCCACAACAGAGGUGAAGCAUCAAUCAGGAGGAUCAUAGAGCACUGGGAGUUUGCCCCAAGGAAAUACAUCAAAUUGGAUGUCGUCGCCCUGUUGCAAGAUGCUGCCAUUCCAGAGGUUGAGAUGGAAGAGGAGGAAGAGCAGGACACCGGGCUUUCCAUGGAGGAACUGAUGAAUCAACAGCAUGAAGCAAUGGAAGAAUUUGAGGACCAGGAAGAGGCCUUGGCUUUGACAAAGAGUAAAUGGGAUUCUGCCACAGAAGAGAAACUAGAUGCACUUGAUGGUAUCAAGAAGUAUAAGAAGAAGGAUAGUUACCAGUCUAUGGAGGACUACCUGUCGGGAGGAGAUGAGUUUGACACCGUCUCCAGACCGACACUCCCAGGACAGAAGAGAGUACGUUGGGCUGACAUUGAGGAACGCCGUGAUCAGGAACGUAUGCGUGCUGUAGGUUUCGUUAUCGGGCAGACGGCUACCGAUUGGGCCAAGAUCACCGACGACAGUUACGCAGACAAGGCUCUCAACCGCACCAAGUACAUCUAACACGAAAAAAUUGUAAAGUAAUUUCUAUGGAACAGACUGUCCUACCCAAGGUCAAUGGAAAAUCUCAUCAGCCUGAAAGGAGAGGAGUUCUGCCAAGGAUAUAUCUGUAAAUAGCUUCUUGCACCGUUUUUAAUUUCAUUCAUAAUUUUGAGAAAAUCCUCUUUACCCUGCUCAAGUGGUAAUGACUGUAUCUAAUUAUUAAAGCAGCCUGGUACUGCGUCCCAGAGCCCUUGACAUCUCGAAGACCUCUGAUACUGCCGCUUCGACCCCUACCAGCAAGAUGGUCUUUGCCUUCAAGUGGGUAUCCUCUACCGACGUACUGGUGUCAGCAGAAUACUCACCUAGAGGUCGUAGAAUGCAGCUAUAGUGACUGACAUUGUAACCUGCUCAACUCAGGGGCUCCCCAUUUCAUAAAGAGUUGCAACUAUUGUACCUUCGCUAUUAUGGCAACUACCAUGGUAACAUCGGCCAAUCACAAUCAAGCAUUCCGUGGAAUAUUUCAAUAAUUGCAAAUUUACGAUAGUUGUAACACUUUAUGAACCGGGCCAUAACAAUGAAUUUGCCUGGAUGCAGUAAGUGAUAGGUACGUUUACAACUGUGGACUUGUCUCUAAUUCUCCAAAGAAUAGGUGUCUACUCUUGGCACUCCCAGAAUUCAAAGUAAAGGCUUGUCCAUAUAUGGCAGGAUAAUAGAUAAAACGUUUGAAAUGCAAUUUGCAAUAGCUAGAAACAGAAAAAGAUGAAAUGUAAAAAGCGUUAAGUCAAAACAGUCUAAGUUGAAAAUGAUUGACUGCAUUAUUUUCAAAUCGGGCUAAACAAUAGAUAAUAGUUGGUUAAAGUUUUUGUUUGCACAUAAAACUUCUCAUUGCAGUUACUUAUUACAUUCUGUGGUAUAGAAACAUCUUAAUCCAAGCUUGGUUCAUAAUUCAUAGCAUUCAUUUUUGGUUUGUUUGGCUAUAUCACCCCCCCCCCCCACCCCUUCAACAAUACACAUGUAGAUAUAGUAAUCAUGAUUGGGUUAGCAGAAUGUAUCAAAUUUGGACUUUUCUGGUCACAGAUAUCACAAAAAAUAUAGACAGUCAAGAAACUUUGGUCUAACAAAAUUCUGCAGGACCUCUGCAUAAAACCCUCAAUCAAUAUAAACAUGCUCUGAUUCUUUGACAAAUCUUUGCUGCCAGUCAGUCAAAUGACAUUUCAUUGGGCUAUAACUGUGGCUUGAAACUUAACAUUGAUAAUAAGCUUUAUUCAUGAAACAGGAAUCUGGCUUGGGAUUUCAGUAGCUUUUAACUGCAGCUUGGAACUUACCAUCAAUAAAAUGCUUUAUUUAUGAAAAAGGACUCUGGUCAAGGAGCAGUUACACAAAUUUGCAAUUAUUUGUUUUAAGCUACUGAAAUCAUUUGAUUUGAUCGGCCGAUAGAAAACUUGUUAUAGAAAUUGCACAUUUGUUUUUUAUAACAACCCUUUGUGAAACGGGGCCCUACCUUUCAUUAUUCUAGUCAUAUGUGAACAAGCCUUUCAAUGAGUCAGUAAUCAGGGCCCCAUCUAACAAACAGUUACGAUCGAUCCGAUCGACCUCACCAGUGUGGAAAUCCAUUAAUAUCAUAGUUUUUUUUCUGCAGAAAAUUUGCACAAUGUCCUUUGUUAACAAAGAAAAGGACACUGAAUUUUUAAAGAAAAAAAUUAAUGUAUGAAUAUACAUCAUAUCUAGAAAAUAUUUUGAACAAUCGAUAUGUUUGCAUUACUGACUUUCCAUAGUUGUGGUUGAUCGGAUCAGUCACAACUCUUCGUAAGAAAGGGCCCAGAUGUAUGUAAAUGAUGCAGUGAUUAGUUGAAAACACAAAUCCCCUGUGGAGAUGGCAGUAUAGGAUUGUCAGAGUACGAUCACACAUUGUAUACCAAUUUGAAUCCAUUUUGCAUGUUGGCCUUGAGGGAAAAUACAAAAUUUGCUAGAGGUUUUCUGGACAAAGCAACCAUUAGUGUAAAGCUGAGAAUUAUCAGUCUUAUCUAACUUUUCUUAAAAAGUAUUCAUAAAUGACACAUCUCUGUAGAGAUUAGGCCUCCUUAUUUUAUUUGAUACAAGUUCUAGUUUGUAUACUCCAAGCAUUAAAAAAUAAAUGGAAAGAGCAUACCACAUUCACUUUGGCGGACAGUAUCUGAAUUUAAAGGAAAAAAUCCUAUAUCUAGAUACUUUCCUGUGACGAUAUAAGUUAAUAAAAAUACUUGAGUUUUGUUUGUUUGGAGUCAAACUUGAAUUUUUAUAAUUUCAUAAAACAAAAACUUUUUUCAGUGGAUGUCUGCUGAAGCAACCAAUGUAUCUGACAAAAGAUUGAAUGUUUGGCUGAUCUUCAACCGAGCUGAAUAGUGAGGGAAACUUAACUCGGCCAUUACAGCAUUGAUAAACAUCUUCAUUUAAAAAAAUAAUUGCAAUUGAAGCAUUAAUGUAAUCAAAUAGUGCUUUGUCCUUGAUUUAAGUGUCAUAUUUCAAAAAAAAUUAUUGUGAAAUAUUCCUUAAAAUAUUCAAAUAGCACCAGCAUAAUAAAUUUUCGGUACAUUCUCUUCAUUGUCAUUUGUCAUUCACAUGUGCAUAUUAUAGAGUGCCUCAAAUGUUAGAGGAGAACCUAAGCUUUGGCAGAGAUAUGUCAUUCAUGAAUUAUUCUUAAGCUUAAGUUAUGAUAAAUCAUUAAUAAUUCUCAAGUUUGUUCCCACUGGGAUGCACUGCAUACACUUGCAAUUUUUCAUGAGUUCCCCAGGAAAAUAAACAUCUAUAGAUUAGAUGUUUAAUGUAGACCUUUCUCGUUUUUCCACCUGACUGUACCAUCAAUCUAUUGUGUUCACAAAUGUUUUGAAUAUGAGCAGUGUUUAAUGUUUAUUCUCUGAUAUAUUUUAAUCAGCCAAUCAUUUCUGGAGAUCUUAAAUUUGAAGUGUGUCGUGUUAUAUUGUUUCAGAGGAAGUUGUAGUUGUCAUUAACGAUGGUUGCCUGGCAAACCGGCACGUCACACUGGCUUGUAUUGGGGACGCGACGGUUUUAACGUGCCGUUCAAGUUUGGAAAAAAUUGCCUUUUAACCAAAUCUGUACUUAAUUAAAUAUUCUUUGCUUCAUUUUAAUGUAGAAUUAUUGAAAAAUGCAUUACUUUUCAUGUGAUGCUUUGGGACAUCGACCUGCGAAAGGUUUUGCUUGAAGAAUAAAUGGAUAUUUGAUGUGUAAUGGUUUGCUAGGUAACCAAUUAGUGAAAUAAUGAGAUUUAGAUACUUUUAACUAACAGGAGUCUCUUAUGGGAACCUUGUGACUUAGAAGAAAUUCAAAUCAGAUAUGAAUAUGGUUCUAGGGCUUUGCUUUGUAAAUAUGUUUUUUACUCUUUUCAAGUUGUGAAAUGUGAAAUGCCAAAAUUGAAUGAAGCAGAAAUUUUUAUUCAUUUAUGAUAAGAUCGUGGCUCAAUGCGGAGGAUGACAUAUAGCAAUGACAUUCAUAUAUUAUUUCCAGCUAGUUUAAGAUGUGUAAAUAAUGAUGUCAAUCUUUGUGUUAAACACUUCUUUCGAUGGCAUGUUCAAGAGUCUAGACAAUUGUUUUUACUUUUCAUUUUGCCCCAGCCCCCCCCCCCAAAAAAAAAAAAGAUUUGCACGAUGUCAAAUUUGCGUAAUAAUUUGAUGAGUGUUGUAAAUAAUUAUUGUUUGUUUACCAUCCUUGAAACAUCAUUAAUUCAAGAGGUUUAGUUUGAUUUAAUGACAUGCAACUUGUUGUAGUGCAUUAAAUGAGUUGUAGUAUCUUCAAGUGAUAUUGCCUUCUCAGUCUGCUGACCUAGUAGUGAAACCCUUUCCCCUAUUAAAGCCACAUUACACCGGCAAAUCCAAUUCCUGGACCCCGUCUUACAAAGAGUUAUGAUUGAUCCGAUCAAUCUCAAGUUUAUGGAAAUCCAUCAAUGACAUAAUUUUUUAAAAGGAAAUUUGCUCAUUGUACUUGAAAACAAAGAGAAGCAUACUGAAUUGUCAACAAUACAGUGAAUAUAUGAAUAUGGUCAUUCAUAAAAAAAUAUUUUGAAAAAACAUGUAUUUUAGAUGUUGAUGUUGCUGGCUUUCCAUAGUUGCAAUUGAUCAAUAGUAACUCGUCGUAAGACGGGCCCCAGACCGACAAAUGUGCAGUGACAAACUAUCAAUUAGUUUAGGGUUGGUUUCGUUGAUGUGACUAUAUGCAUUUCUCAACACCUUAGAACGUGACCCAACUCACAACAUAAUGAAACCCUGAAAUUUCAAUAUUUGAUUGAGAUUGCAUUGAGGAACUGAACUGCCCAGAGCAUUAGCAACUGAUGGUGUGAUGCAGCUCGUGAAGUUCUUGCAAAUCAUUAUAAUCCUCGCUCUAUCAAAUUAAUUUUC